AUGGGGGAAAAUCCUGCCAAGAACCAUUAUGCACAGCUUAACCAGGGAGAAGAGAAUGAGAUGGAUAUAUUUGGCUACAAAACUCAAAGCUGCCGAAAGGCCUUGUGCAUUGCUGGAUACAUCUUGUCCUGUGGGGCUCUGUGGCUACUGUUUUACUGGAAGCCAGAGUGGGAUGUGUGGGUAAACUGCAUCCGCUGCAGCUUGGAAGAAGCAGAUAUUGUUCUCCUUAGAACAACAGAUGAAUUUCGAAUUUAUUCUCGUGAGACUGUGACAUGGAUCUCUGUGUCUGCACUUAUCAAAAGUAGAUCAGAUUAUCCAGCCACUGCUGAGGAAGACUCAAUCUUCAGCAAAGCCAUAAUGAAGCCAAGUUUUCAAGUGAAAACUAUCCAAGUACAAAAAAUCCGCUAUGUCUGGAAUAUCUAUGCAAAACAGUUCCAGAAAGCUGGAGUCCUAGAAGACCACCACACUUGUUCAGCUAUACAUGCAAAAUUUGGUUCUGGUCUCACCUGCAAUGAACAGGAUGUCAGGAGAGUUAUAUGUGGGCCAAACACUAUUGAUGUUCCAGUGAUCCCUGUUUGGAAACUACUCAUCAAAGAGGUCCUAAAUCCAUUUUACGUGUUCCAGCUGUUCAGUGUGUGUCUGUGGUUUGCUGAAGAUUACAUGGAGUAUGCUACUGCCAUCAUAAUCAUGUCUCUCCUCUCAGUAUUUUUGACUGUAUAUGAUCUCAGACAGCAAUCGGUUAAACUUCACAGUCUGGUUGAGUCUCAUAACAACGUCAUGGUCACUGUCUGCAGAAAUAAGGAAGGUGUUCAAGAGCUGGAAUCACAUCAUCUUGUUCCUGGAGAUAUGCUGGUUUUGAAAGAGGGCAAAACCCUUUUGCCUUGUGAUGCCAUCCUGAUCAGCGGGCAGUGCAUUGUAAAUGAAAGCAUGCUGACAGGGGAAAGUAUUCCAGUAACAAAGACCCACUUACCCCAAGCUGAUGACUUCAAGCCCUGGAGAACAUACUGUGCAGAGGAUUACAAAAAACAUGUCCUCUUCUGUGGGACAGAGGUCAUACAGACCAAGGCAGAUGACAGAGGAGCAGUGAAAGCUGUGGUGCUGCGGACUGGUUUCAAUACAGCCAAAGGAGAUCUGGUGAGGUCCAUUCUCUACCCUAAACCCAUGAACUUCAAGUUGUACAGAGAUGCUCUCCGGUUCCUGAUGUGCCUCAUAGCAUUUGCAGCCAUUGGAAUGAUCUACACAGUGUGUGUAUUUGCACUUAAUGGGGAGGAGGCAGGAGAGGUGGUAAAGAAGGCUUUGGAUGUCAUCACUAUUGCUGUCCCGCCAGCUCUGCCAGCUGCCUUGACAACUGGGAUCAUUUAUACCCAGCAGAGGUUGAAGAAAAAGGGCAUCUUCUGCAUCAGCCCACAGAGGAUCAACAUGUGUGGACAGCUGAACCUCAUCUGCUUUGACAAAACUGGCACCUUAACAGAAGAUGGCCUGGAUCUUUGGGGCUUGCUGCCCUCUGAGAGAAACUGCUUCCAGGACAUUCACAGCUUCCCUGCAGAUGGCAGCCUGCCUUGGGGCCCAGUGUUCAGAGCAAUGGCAGUUUGUCAUUCAUUGAUUGUGUGGGAGGGCAAGAUCCAAGGAGACCCACUGGAUGUGAAAAUGUUUGAGGCCACUAACUGGGUGAUAGAUGACUGCAGUGGACACCAGAUUGAAGGUCAAGGAUCCACACAUGCCACAGUUGUUAGGCCUGGACCUAAAGCCACCACUGCCCCAGUGGAAGGAGUUACCAUUUUACACCAGUUUCCAUUUUCUUCAUCCUUGCAAAGAAUGUCUGUCAUUGCUCAGGAAAUUGGUGGGGAUCAACAGGUCUUUACAAAAGGGGCUCCAGAAAUAGUAGCCAUGCUAUGUAGAGCAGAAACAGUCCCAUCGAACUUUGAAAGCGAGCUCCUGCUCUACACAGCACAGGGCUUUAGGGUCAUCGGACUGGCAUGGAAAUCUCUACAGGCAGGGAAGCCACCUACUGCUCUAACAAGGGAGGAGGUAGAAUCUGAUCUGACAUUCCUGGGUCUGCUGAUAAUGGAGAAUCGAUUAAAGAGGGACACAAAGCCCGUCCUGGAAGAGCUCAGUGCUGCCUGCAUCAGGAGUGUUAUGGCCACAGGUGACAAUAUUCAGACAGCUAUAACUGUUGCCAAAAAUGCUGGGAUGAUCUCUCCAACACACAGAGUGAUUCUUGUGGAAGCAAACAAAGAGCCUGGAUCUGUUUCAGCAUCUAUAACCUGGAAACCCCUAGGAGAAAACAAAACUGAAGAUUACAGAAGCCUGGAGGAUGAUGGUCAGACUGAGCGAAGAAUCAAUCUGGCAUUGGGACACGGCCAGUAUCAUUUUGCCAUGAGUGGAAAAUCUUACCAAAUUGUAGCACAGCAUUUCAGGGACUUACUUCCAAAGCUCCUGCUGAAUGGAACAGUUUUUGCUAGAAUGUCUCCUGGUCAGAAAUCCAGCCUGGUGGAAGAGUUUCAAAAGCUGGAUUACUUUGUGGGCAUGUGUGGAGAUGGAGCCAAUGACUGUGGGGCUCUGAAAGUGGCACAUGCAGGGAUAUCACUGUCAGAGCAGGAGGCGUCUGUGGCUUCACCUUUCACAUCCCGAACCCCCAGCAUAGCCUGUGUGCCAGAGCUAAUCAGGGAAGGCCGUGCUGCUCUUGUCACUUCCUUCUGCAUGUUCAAGUACAUGGCACUGUACAGCACAAUUCAGUACCUUGGUGUUCUCCUACUUUACUGGCAACUAAACUCCUUUGGGAAUUACCAAUUUUUGUUUCAAGAUCUGGCUAUUACCACUGUCAUUGGCAUGACAAUGAGUUUCACAGGUGCCUACCCAAAGCUGGUUCCAUACAGGCCUCCAAGCCAGCUUAUCUCACCCCCAUUGCUGCUCUCUGUUGUACUUAACAUCCUCUUCAGCCUCAGCAUGCAGAUUUUCGGGUUUGUGGUGGUCCAGGAGCAGCCUUGGUAUUCCAAGACUGAUAUACACCGUGCCUGCCUCUCAAUGAAGAAUCACAUGGAGAAUUCUUCCUACAGCCUGGGGCUCCAUGGGAUGGGAGAUGGAGCCCAUGAACAAACAGACAAUGGCUACAAGAGCUAUGAAAACACCACAGUGUGGCUGCUGAGCACCAUCAACUGCCUCAUUGUAGCAUUAGUGUUUUCCAAGGGAAAGCCUUUCAGGAAACCCAUCUACACAAACUAUGUGUUCAUACUGGUGCUCAUAGGGCAGCUGGGCAUUUGCCUCUUCUUGAUGUUUGCUGAUAUUGAUGAUCUCUACUCUAAGAUGGAUCUCGUUUGCACCCCUACCACGUGGCGGAUCUCCAUGGUGAUAAUGCUUGCAGUCACACUUGCUGUGUCCUUCCUUGUCGAGGAAGCUGUCAUUGAGAACAGACCCCUGUGGCUGCUUCUGAAAAAGACCUUCCGGUACCACUCAAAGAGCCACUACAAGAGGCUGCAGCACGUGUUAGAGCAGGACUCAGCCUGGCCACCUCUGAAUGAAACCUUCUUCUCAGAUUCUGUGACAAUAACAGUAGAGGGAAAUAUGGGAGGCCAUAGCAAUCCAACAUUUGACAGCAGUGAGGACUCACUCUGAAGGAAACUGCAGUGGACGCAUGUCCAGGACUGUUGCAGGUGGCUGUAAAAGGACUCUCUGAGAGACUUAAAAAAGAGGCAAGACUGUCUCAUCACUGCUUCACCGCUCUAGGACUAAUCAGCUCUUGCUCAUCUUUAAAUUGACUGGAAGUAGAAAAGCUGGUUGCAGUAAUAUAAAGCCACAACAACAUUUCUUCUGUCCCCUUGCCCAUGUACAAAUUGCUGGCAGCUGCACACUGAAUAACUUGCUGAAUAUUGGCAAAGUGUUCGUGGUUGAAGCACCCCUCUCUUGAACUGCAUUAUGCAGUCCAUACAGCUGGGAGCUGUUCCAGGUGAAAAGUAACUAAUUGAGAUACCAUCACUACUCUGGGGAGAUCCCCUUUGAGGAAACAAGUAGAACGUCCUCCUGAUAGAGGCUGCUGAACAUAGGCAGGUGCUGGGGUUCCUCAGAGGGUUUCAGAUACUGUUACCUGGUGUCUGUCUUUCGUUGGAGAUUUUAACCCUUCCAGCAAUAGUUGGCUUUCAGAGCUGGAAGGAGCUGCAAAUAGACAAAGUUUUCUAGAAGCAUCCACUCCCAGCACUGUUGUGCUCUUCCCGUGAUGGGAACAAAGCAGAGUUCUCUUGGUAGCUCAUUGCUACCAGGCAGCCUGUUUGCCCUCUUGGUUUAAGACUUGUGAUACUUGCAUUUUCUGCAAAGCAGAAAUUUGCAGUAUUGACCUGCAAAGCAGAAUGAUUUAAUUAUUUAACAAUUCUUUUUGGAGAGAGGUAUUUGUUUGGGAUAUUCAUUUAAAAAACAUACACUGAAACAUGAUAAUUGCAAAUUGUGAUCUCAUUCUGAGGGUUUUCAAAAAUAUGCCACCCUUGUGGUGUGAACUUCCUCUGCUAGGGCAGGUGCUGCACAGCUGGGCUGCCACCAGGCAUCAGCUCCUGCUUUACGAGUGCCAAAAGAAACCCACAUUGAAGGGGUUAUUACCCCCUAGGACCUAAGGCCUGAAAUAGAGAUGGGGAGCCAGCUAGGUCUCAGAAUAAUUUUAUUAAAUUCUGUGGCAUGCUUUUAAGUUGAGCCAUCUGAGGUUUUGGCUCUGCUUUUCAACCAUAAUUGCAGAUGCAAUUCAUUCAUCAGCUUCUAUUCCUCGCCUAUGAAAUUUUGGUGGUGACUUUUACUCACUCUGCUGUGCUGUGUCUGCUAUACAUAAAUACAACAACACUGCAUAUUUCUGCAAGUGUUACCUGCUUAUGACAAGUUUGACAUAAGCAAAUGAGUAAUACCUGCCUACCUAACACAGUUUACCUAAUGGUAAAUACCUGCCACGAGAGUAUUGACACAAACCAGAAAUGUUUCACAUUUAUUCCUAAAAGUAUCUCCAAAGUUUUCAAGAGUUCCCAGUUCACAGCAAAAUCCUCUGGAAAGUGAAGGUUAGGUGCUCUAUGCUCUCCUUACUCCUUGAGGCACUAAAGAGCAGGUUGGUGGAGUUACUCCUGCCAUCCUCUCUUUGGAUACAGUAACAUUUUCCUUGGAGACAAAAUUCAGUGUCCUAUUUAUGGACUCCGGCACACAACAAAUAAGUUGCUGCAAUAUGACACAUAUUGCUGUCCAGUAGGACAACUGCAGUAGCAUUGCAGACUGGCCAUGUAAUUUAUGUUUAUGCCACCACUGACAGUAUGAAAGUAUAAACUCAUGGCAAACCUGUGGCGAUUAUUGGGUUGACAUUAUAAAGACCUGCUUGCCUGCUGCUGAAGUAUAUCCUUACCUGCAACGAUACAAAAUUCAGAUGCUAGAUGAUGCUUUACCCCUGUCACUCCAACCACCCUAACCAUCUCUGACAUUUUAACUGCAGUUCUUUUUUAAAGAGAUCAAUAAGUCAGACUAGCAUCUGUGGGACAGGUAUGAAGGUUUUUGAAGGCUUUUCCUGGGUGCUUUGGGAUGGAGUGACUGAUGUUUCGUAGACAUAAGCCACGGGGGAAAGCUGGUGAACCUCCUUUUUGGCUAUUAGCACACAUUCCUAACAGAUGGUUGCAGGGAAGAAUAUGAAGCUAAGAGGGUGCUGCAUGCUUAGAAGAGCUAAAUAUUUCCCUUGUGAUGACUGUGUCCCUUCUUGGAGAGCAGUUGUUUCAAAGACUGAAUGGCUCUGCUGUUGGCCCUCAUUCCUGACAGAACAGUUGUGGACAGGGAUAUCUUACCUCCUGACUGAACAGUGACAUGCCUGGCGUGCUCAUGCUUUUUGCAACUUCUAGGACUGACCACAGACACAUCAUAACUGCCCAGAGAAAUUUUAUUGGUACAGCUAAGGCACACUCGUUUUGCUUUAAUAGCCUUGGUUU